UGCCUCACUUAACUCACACCUAAACAUGGCUUCUCUUUAUCUUUUUCUCUCCCUUAUCACCCUUUUCCUAACCACCACGGCGGCAUCCACCGCCACUCUCGACGUUACUUCCGCCGUACAAAAAACCCUCGACAUCCUUGACCCGACCAUUACGCCAUCAUCAUUGCAAACACAUGAAUCACAAACAGACAUCAAAACAGGCCUGUUGUCUUUUACGCUCCAUCCUAGAUCCUCUCUCCACCACCACAAACACAACGAUUACGAGUCGUUAACUCGUACCCGGCUCGCGCGUGACACGCACCGAGUCGACUCACUUGUCAACAAACUCAACUUUGUACUUUCUGGUACUAACAAGUCCGAAAUGAAACCAGUCGUUACAACGACUGAAGUAACGACUGAUUCCAUAUUUCGGGCUCAAGAUUUAUCCUCCCCAGUUACCUCGGGAAUUUCCCAAGGUAGUGGGGAGUAUUUUGCUAGAGUUGGGUUGGGGACACCACCCCAACAAUAUUACAUGGUUAUUGACACUGGAAGCGAUAUAAAUUGGCUCCAGUGUCAACCAUGUAAUGAUUGUUAUCAACAAACCGACCCGGUUUUUAAUCCGUCCGCUUCGACUUCUUACAACGCCUUACCUUGUGGGUCCCAACAAUGUUCUGCUUUAGAAGUCACUGCUUGUCGUAGCAAUGUUUGUUUGUACCAGGUUUCCUAUGGUGACGGGUCGUUUACAGUAGGUGAUUUUGUAACUGAAACAGUGUCGUUUGGAAAAUCCGGGUCGGUUCCUCGGGUCGCUAUGGGUUGUGGCCAUGAUAAUGAAGGAUUGUUUGUUGGGGCUGGAGGGCUAUUAGCCCUCGGUGGUGGGCCGUUGUCGUUGCCUUCACAGAUCAAGGCGACGUCGUUUUCGUACUGUCUCGUGGACCGAGACUCGAAAACAGCGUCCACUUUGGAAUUUAAUUCCGCGGCACCAGCGAAUUCCGUGACAGCUCCGUUGUUACGGAACCCGCGGGUGAAGACGUAUUUGUAUGUCGGAAUGACGGGGAUAACGGUUGGUGGACGAGCGUUAUCCAUCCCGCCGUCGAUAUUUGCCGUAGAUGAUUCCGGCCGAGGCGGAGCGAUUGUCGACUCCGGCACGGCAGUUACUCGCUUGCAGAGUCAAGCGUAUGCUGCAUUAAAAGACGCUUUCACUCGGCAAGCGAGGAACUUAAAACCCACCGACGGGUUUUCGCUAUUCGACACAUGUUACGACUUUUCGCAACUGACUCGAGUGGCGGUGCCGACGGUGGGUUUUACGUUCGCUGGAGGGAAAUCUUUGGCCUUAAAACCUUCGAAUUAUUUGAUUCCGGUGGAUUCACGUGGGAAGUUUUGUUUGGCGUUUGCACCGACGGAUUCGUCACUGUCGAUAAUCGGUAAUGUCCAGCAGCAAGGGACACGUGUCGGUUACGAUUUGACCAAACAAGUCGUUACUUUUUCACCUAAUAAUUGUUAGAGAGUUUUAAUUUACUAGAUAAGAAAAAAAAAAUCAUUUAAUUAUGAUAAUAUGUGUAACUUUAAUGAUCCAGUACCAUAAUAGAUAAAACGUUAUUAUUGGAUUUUGAUGGAAA